AUGAGUGACACAGUAACGAUCCGGACCAGGAAGUUCAUGACCAAUUGUCUGCUCCAAAGAAAACAGAUGGUUACUGAUGUCCUUCACCCUGGGAAGGCAACAGUACCAAAGACAGAAAUUCGGGAGAAGUUAGCCAAAAUGUACAAAACCACACCAGAUGUCAUCUUUGUAUUUGGAUUCAGAACUCAUUUUGGUGGUGGGGAAACAAUUGGUUUUGACAUGAUCUAUGAUUCUCUCGAUCAUGCAAAGAAGAAUGAGUCCAAACACAGACUUGCAAGACAUGGCCUUUAUGAGAAGAAAAAGACCUCCGGAAAACAGUGA